AGGGAUGAGAUAGAAACGGUUGGAGCGUGUAUCUGCAUUCAUUAUAGCCUAAUUAUUAAAUGAUGUGGGACAUAUCCUAUAUAUUGACUAAAAGCCUAGCAAAGCCAUAAAAUGCUUCUUUCAUGAUAUGUUCAUGGAUUAUUUGACCUGCCAAAAAUGUUUUACUCAGGCUGCGCUAUUUCAGUGUUGUUGAACUAGAUAGACACGCUUUUUUUCUCAUAAUUAUUGAUUUCUUACGCCGCCAACCUGAAGUUCAUCGUUAUCAUCUUGGCCGCCGGGAUGGUGGCCUUCGUUGGAGCAGUCAUCUGCAUCAUCGCCGCGGUCCAUACCGGCUCCGCUGCGGAAUCUACCCAGCAGCCUGUGGCAGACAACCAGUCGCAGUCUCCUUACGCUGGAGUGCAGCUGACUUUCCCCGGGGGCUCCGUGGCGCGAGCGGGUCCCCUGGGCGCUAUCCAUGGUUCUGAAAGGCAGCACGGAGAAGCGCUCACCUUCUUCCACGUUGCCAGCGGCUUUGAUGCCGUCGAUGGAACUAGACAGGUUAGUCAACUUAUCUGCACCCCAGUCCCCGCCGGAGAAUGCAACCCCAAAAACUUUCAGCAACAAGCUGAAGACCCGUCGCUGUACGCCGGAGAAGACUGGGGAUACUUCCGCACCACGGCAGAGGAACUACAACAGACAGUGCUCCAGCAGAAGGACCAGAUUAUCACCGACCAGCGGACCAUUAGGGAUCUGUCAGGCAAGCUUUCGGAGUGUGAGAGCGGAAUAGAGGGGCGUAGAGGCGCGGGGCUCUGGGGAGGUAAGAGGGUAGAUGAGGUCCGGCUCGUAGUCCGGGACCGUGCUCCGUCGUCGACUGUGGCACAGCUGCUCACCGCUCAGGCUGUGGACGAGCUGGAACAGGCUAUCGUUCAGAUGAAAGACCGCAUAGAGAAAGUGGAGUCAGAUAUCGGACCGCUGGCGUUCCCUCACAACCACACAGAUGCAGCAACUGCGAUGACUUCAAGAGGUGGUGGUGGUGGGCUCUCUGAGGCCCCUGAUAGUUGGGGUGAGGCAGGGCCAGGGGGACAGGCAGGGGAUGGACCAAAGCAGUGGCCACGGGUGGAAGAUCUGGAAGGAGAGCUUGAGAGGAAGCUGGAACUCCUGGAGAAGGAGAGGAAGGCCCUGCGAAAGGAAUCCCAAAGACACUGGCAAGAGAUCGACCAGGGGAUGAACUCCCUACACCACCGCAUUGCUGGCCUGGAGGAGGGACUUUCAGAGUACACCUAUCCCGAGGGCUACACGCUGUCCUUCCCAGCGCGUACCAACUAUAUGUACGCAGUGGUGCAGCACCCCAUCCCUGAGCUGCGUGCCUUCACGGUGUGCCUCUGGCUGAGACCCACCGAGGGGGGCAUCGGCACCCCCUUCUCCUACGCUGUAGCGGAGCAGCCAAACGAGCUAGUCCUGCUGCAGGGCAUGCACACCCCUGUGGAGCUGCUCAUUAACGACAAGGUGGCGGAGUUACCUCUGAACCUGUCUCGGGGCAGCUGGCACCACAUCUGUGUAAGCUGGAGCCAGAGAGGUGGGGCGUGGCAGGCCUACCAGGGGGGCAAGCUGAGAGGAGAGGGGCAGGGCCUGGCAGCCUGGCACCACAUCAGGCCUGGGGGAGUCCUCAUCCUGGGCCAGGAACAGGACACUCUGGGCGGGCGUUUUGACUCGUCCCAGGCCAUGGUGGGGGAGUUAUCCCAGUGGAACGUAUGGGAGCAGGUCCUGACCCCCAGCGAGGUGUCCAGCCUGGCCCACUGCAGCCAGCACAGCCCCCAGCCAAAGGGUAAUGUGGCCCCCUGGACCAACCGGGAAGUAGAGGUGUUUGGAGGAGCCACCAAGAUGCCCAUGGAGCCCUGCGCUGGCAAACGCACCAACACCCCAAUGUGAGGGGAAGGGUGAUAUAGGAUCCAGGGACCUUAUUUACAAAGCGUCUCAGAGUAGGACAAGUGAUUGGGGAAAAAUCAAUACAGUUACAUAUCGCAAUAUUCUUUUGGACAAUAUUAUAGUGAUACUUUUUGUUGUUGUUGCUAGGUAGUGUUAGCUAGCACAAGUCAGCUAUGCCUGCGCCAGAACGUUGGUAUUUUGUUGCUCUCCAUUUUCUUUUAAAAUAGUGAGCCAACAUGUUUUCAAUGCUUUUAUUUCCAUGACCGAUCAAAACUCAUUUUCUCAUGCUCUCUUGUCUCUCUUCAGCAGACAUAUAGAGAGCAAUCUCUUUGGAACAUCAAAUUGCAAUAAAAUUGCCGUAUCGAAUCGCAAUACAUAAAGAAUUGUGAGAAUCAGUAUUGUCACCUACAUGUAAGUAUCAUGAUAAUAUUCGUGAGAUCCCUGGCAAUUUCCCAGCCGUACUGUACGUGUCAUAUUAUACAGCUGUGUUGAAGUAGGGCAAAACAUUGUGGAGGUAACAUAUUUCUAUCUGAACAACUAGUUAUGUAGAACAGCAGGAAUGCCUAACUGACAGUAGAUUAAGGAAUCAUGUCAGCUCUAUUCAACACAUUUCUAUC